AUGGCUACCCGGUACCUUUGUCUCCUGAUUUGCACCUCCCUGCUGGCUCCAGCAGCACUUCUUGCCUUUGACAUAAAAAACUUACAUCUCUGCAAUGGCACACUGGAUGAAAUUAUGAAUCUUCACCCAGAGUCCUUCCAGCUUGAUAAGGAUGACAAACAUGUUCGACAGGUCAGAGACAUUGCCCCUCAUUCACAAGUGGCUCAUGGCUGGCCCAAAGACUGCAGCGAGAUCCCUGCUGGUAGCCGCAGUGGUGUCUACAUCAUCCAGCCAAAAGGACUCCACCAGCUCGUGGUGUACUGUGAAAUGAAUGUGACAAAUGGGGGCUGGACGGUCAUCCAGAGGAACCAGAAAGACACAGCUGUCACCUGGGCUGAGUCCUGGAGCACCUAUAAAUACGGCUUUGGGAACGUGCGCAGCGAGUACUGGCUGGGCACCGAGUACAUUCAUCAGAUUGCCAAGCAGAAGGUCUACCAGGUCAGAUUUGUCAUCUGGGACACCAAAAACAACAUCAAAUUUGCAGACUACAACCUCUUCAGUGUGGAAGAUGAAUCCCAUGGCUACCGGCUGAGGCUGGGCUCCUACACAGGGACAGCGGGAGAUGCCAUGACUUCAGACAAUCCCAACACUAUGCAUGACAACAUGAAGUUUUCCACAAAAGAUCGAGAUCAGGAUACUUACAGUAAGAACUGUGCCUACAGCUAUGAGGGCGGGUGGUGGUACUCGGCAUGUUAUUCUGUACGGCUGAAUUUCAAGGGUGGCAUGACAUGGGGUAGCCUGUGUAAAGGGGACUGCAAAUCUUCCCUUAUCCUCAUCAAACCAGCUCCAUACUGUUAG